AAUAUUGACAACAAAAGAACUUCCUACUCAAUUUUUGUGCCAUACUCUGGACUACACCUAGAGCUACUGUUCUCUUAAUAAAAUUAAUAAUUUAACCAUAACAGUUAUUCUCAUAUCUUACAUUUAGGCUAGAUCUAGAACUACUUCUUCCCGUAACAGUCUAACUUAACACAGUACUGAGAAAACAUCAAGAUGACUAUGAUGGAAUUUUUCGGUUGCAGCUUCAUAGCAUUUGGACCACCUUUUGCUUUGUUUCUCUUUACCAUUGCUAGAGAUCCCAUGCGAGUCAUUGUUCUCAUUGCCAGUUCAUUUUUCUGGUUGCUAGCGCUACUGCUGUCAUCCAUACUGUGGUUUGCUGUUGUCCCGUUGAGGGAGACACUAGCGUUUGGGCUUGUGUUUUCUGUCCUCUUUCAAGAGGGCUUCAGGUUUCUUUUCUACAAAACUAUGAGGCUGGCUAACGAUGGGCUGCUAAAAGUGAGUCAACAGACUGAAGAUCAACAUGUGACGCCAAAAGAUUUCUCAAACAAACAUAUAAUGGCUUAUGUUUCAGGACUUGGUUUUGGAGUUAUAUCUGGUGCCUUCUCCAUUGUUAAUGUACUAGCCGACAUGACCGGACCUGGUACUAUUGGAAUUUAUGGCGAUUCUAAAUUCUUUUUCUGGAGUUCUGCCUUUCUGACUCUGUGCUUCAUUUUAUUGCACACUGCCUGGGGUGUAAUUUUCUUUGCUGCACUAGACAAGAAGCAGUACAUUCCAGUUGCUGGUGUAGUCUUGGCACACAUGCUCCUAUCAUGUUUGACUUUGCUGAAUCAACAGAGCGGUGAACACAACUCUGUUAUUUACUUGUCCAACAUUGUGCCAGCUUAUUUGAUUUUAGUCAUCUCCAUAAUAGGCGCCUUCUACUCAGCUGGCGGCUCACUACGCAACAUGAAGGCAGCCCUCAUUUGUAGAAAAGGGAGGUACCAGAUUGAUUAAGUUCCAGAUUUGUUGCAGUAUAUUGUCUAUGAUUGGUCAUAUAUUCCCACCAUUUUAGUUUAAAAAUUGAAAUAGAGGUAAAACCAGAACAAAUUAAAAAUUAAAUUAUUAUGCAUGUUUUAGUUUCUAGUCAUGUAUGAAAUAAAAUUUAACACUACUUUUUAUUUUGAAUCAAAGGAUGAUAAGCUAUGUUUAGGUAAGUUUUGUCUCGGAUCAGUCCAAACCUUAAGGUAAAGAACACAGCAAAACUUAGAAACAUAUUCCAUUUGAAUGCUGCUCUUUGUAUAUUAAAUGCUAUUUGUACUCACUCAUUGUUAUUUUGCUGCUACCAUUUGAUAACACAAUGUAAAUAAAAUAAUGAAUGACUUGUUUU